GACCUCAUCGACCACCUGGAGAGAUCUGGGAAACCCUGUUCAGGGUUCUGGACGACAUCAAGGAGUCUGUCAGGAAGGCUGCUGAUAUAACCCUCAAAACACUGAGUAAGGUGUGUACUAGGAUGUGUGAGUCGUCAGGUUUAGCAGCCCAGAGGACUGUAGCUGUUCUGUUACCAACCCUCCUGGAUAAAGGCAUCGUCAGCAACGUGCCUGAGGUCCGCUCUCUCAGUAUCCAGACCCUGGUGAAGGUGUCUAAGACAGCUGGUAAUAGGUUGAAGCCCCACGCCCCUCGUCUAAUCCCAGCACUCCUGGAGGCUCUCAGUGUCCUGGAGCCACAGGUCCUCAACUACCUCAGCCUCCGAGCCACGGAGCAGGAGAAGAGUGCCAUGGAUGCUGCCAGACUCAGUGCUGCCAAGUCCUCCCCCAUGAUGGAGACCAUCAACAUGUGUCU